AUGUACGACUCUGCUCCCCUCUGCCCGUCCUCGUCUCCACCUGAGCCGUCCCCUCUCUUCCACCCCAAGCCCGUCCGCCCAGCUUUCACCUCGUCUUACUCGUCUCCCCUCCUCCCCACCUCAACUUGCACCUCCCCGCCCUUCUCCUCGACGACCGGCUCAGCGAGCGCAAGCUCCUCCCCCUCCCCACCACACAUCCCGAACCACAAGUCGUCCCACUCGCUCUCGUCCAAACCCCGCGCAAAGGCAAAGAAGAUGAGCAGCACUACGGGAAAGCACAAGAACGUCCAGGUCGCGCUCGAGGUCAAGGUCGAGCGCUCGCGCGGCUUCCAUGCCUUCUUCGUCCCCCUCGCGCGCAGCAUGCCACCAGCACCACCAUCGAGCCCCGUGUUUGGCCAGAGCUCCAACGAGCAGCAGGGCGCGUACGAGCGUCCCAAGGUCUGCGAGGAGCGCUGGGUCGAGGACGUCCAGCGGAUGGACCUCGACUGA